UGUGUUGUCGCUUCCGCACUUGUUGCAUGUCACACAAGCCACAGUAAAUUAAUGUGUAGCUAACGCCAACUAACCAAAAUAGAGUACAUACUUUAAAAAUGCAUUUAACUGGUCUUUACUAAAAGUAGUUUUAAUCAUGCUCGCCGGUUAUAGUCGACGUUUGUAUCAUGUCACGACAGCAGUGUUUACAUUUAUUUAUUUCCGUGUUUAUAAAGGGAAGAAAGGUGUGCCGAGAACCGACAAAAAGCUCGAGGACACGGACGAACAUAAAGUCGCCUCGCGGAAGGAGACAAAGGAAAACAAACCAGCAAAUAACAAGGAUUGCGUAGGUACUGUGCAGUCAAUUUUACCAAGUCUACGGAGUCAACGCAAACCUCGAUCCCCUCUGAGCGACAACUCAAGCAUGCUGAUCCAGGAGAGAAAUGAAUCCGAUGCAACUAAUGCAUUCACAACAAAAUUAAAAAAAGACAUACCUAAUGAAAUAAAAUCUGAGAGUUGUGAGUCCAAGGAGCAGAAGCCUGAAAUGACUUGUUCCAGUCAUGAGAUCAGAAAACAAUCCACGGACCAACUUGAACAAAAAGACUCGACCACACACACAAGUGCAAAGUCUGCAGCAGCCAACAAAGUUUCAGACAAACCUCAGAGUAGAACUGGUCGCAAGCCCGGAGCAAAAAAGACGAAGAAUAAAGCUCUCCAAAACAGAAAGGUCACAGAUUAUUAUCCCAUCAGACGGAGUAACAGGAAAACAAAGACAGAGUUAAAGAGUGAGGAGCACAGACACAUCGAUGACCUGAUAAAGAACGACAUUGAAGAAGGAAUGCAGAUCAAACCCAUAGAAGGAAAGGGAAGAGGGAUAUUUGCUGCCAAGAUCUUCAAAAAAGGAGAGUUUGUUGUGGAGUACCAUGGAGACCUGCUGGAGCUAGCUGAGGCUAAAAUAAGAGAGGCCCAGUACACCCAGGAUCCCCAGAAAGGCUGUUACAUGUACUACUUCCAGUAUCAAUCCAAAACUUACUGUGUGGACGCUACAGAGGAAACGAGCCGUCUUGGAAGACUGAUCAACCACAGUAAAGCUGGAAACUGUCAGACUCGGCUUCACGCCAUCGAUGGAACGCCUCAUCUCAUCCUGGUGGCGUCCAGAGACAUCGUAGCCGAGGAAGAGCUGCUGUACGACUACGGCGAUCGAAGUAAAGCCUCCGUGUCGGCUCACCCGUGGCUCAAAUACUGAAUCCACGACGACAGGCGUUCAUAUUUCAGAUGAAUUGGUGCUCGUCCUGUUCAGCUUAAUGUAAAAUAAGCUAAGAAUGAACAGUCCUCAACAGGCUUUUUUUAUCGGGUAUAAAAUAUGUUAUAGUUUUAAACAAGGGCGAUCAACUCGUGAGUGUAUUUUUGCAACUGUUUUUUUUUUUAAAUCAUGGUUUUAUUUUUUAUUUUAUCAAAUAGUACCAGAUUGAAGCUUGAAAAGUGUUUCACAUUGUCUAUGGUGUUUCCUUUUGUAGUGAUUAUAAUUGACAAUUCAAUUUCACUAUUGUAAAUUAUUACUUGUGCCGUAAAUUAAGGGAUAAAACACUGAGUUUUCAUUCUAGCUGUGACAUGGUUCACGUUGAAGACUAUCUGAGGUAUUUAUGAAAUAUGGUGUUCUAAGAUGACACGCUCCUCCACUUAUUUUGGGCAUUUUUACUGUAAUUUGAUACUUGCCAGUGUGGAAAUGUAUGGGGGGGGAGGGGAGGGGGGGGUAUAACAUGCAACAAAGGUCCACGACUAGAAGGGAGCAGAAAAUGUUGUGGUUAUGUGGAACAAACCUUCAGGCUACCAAGUCUCCUAAAUGUCAUAUUUACAGCCAGAUUGAAGAGAAAGCUUCUGAGUUGUGAGACUAAAAGACACAAUAAGAGCACAAUAAAUGAAUAACAAAAUGUUGUGACUGUUGCCUUUCAGCUGCAUUUCUAUUGUACAGAGACACACAGUGGCUUAUAGAACAACAGUAAUGUUGACGGUACCUUUAGAUAUGUGCAACAACGUUUUGAGUGGACUCUGACUUUACUGAAUUAACAAUACAAAUGUAUUUGUCUACUUUGAGAUGAGAACUUGUAUUGGUGUGAAACAACACAUUAAAUAUUUUAAAAAUAA